UUUGCCUUUACGGCAAUCAACAUCCGAGGGUUUUUUUUAAAUACACAGGUCGCGCAGUGCAUUUGGAUCAUCAUCUCAUCGCAUCAGUAUAAAAUUAACGAAAAACCCAAUCGCUUCGACACUCAACAUCAAGCCUUCUGUUGACACAGUCCCAAUUCAGACCUACAUAUCGUCUCGGUACUGUUGAUUAGGAUCUCACAAUGCUCUCCUCUUUCCUUCCUUCUGGCACCAAUACGCCAAACUCCGGCCGUCACAGCCCCGACAACGCAUCCGAAACCCAAUCAACCACACAAUCCGUACCGGUCGAGCCAACCUCCACCCCGAUGCCUCUAGUAGCAACCGGCGGUCGACGCAAGCGAAUCGUGGUAGCCAUGACCGGAGCCACUGGCUCUAUUCUCGGAAUCAAAGUUCUUAUCGCUCUCCGGCGACUCAACGUCGAAACCCACCUCGUCAUCAGCAAAUGGGCCGAAGCAACCAUAAAAUACGAAACAGACUAUCACCCACGGAACGUGCGCGCCCUGGCAGACUACGUCCACAACAUAAAUGACAUGGCAGCGCCCGUCUCCAGCGGCUCCUUCAAGACAGAUGGCAUGAUCGUUGUCCCAUGCUCCAUGAAGACCCUCGCCGCCAUCAACUCCGGCUUCUGCGAGGAUCUGAUCUCCCGUACUGCAGAUGUCAUGCUGAAGGAACGCAGAAAGCUGGUUCUUGUUGCCAGAGAAACUCCUCUUAGUGAUAUCCAUCUUAGGAACAUGCUUUCUGUGUCUCAGGCUGGCGCUAUUAUCUUCCCGCCUGUACCGGCCUAUUAUAUUAAGGCGGCGUCUGUGGAUGAACUUGUGGAUCAGAGUGUUGGUCGCAUGUUGGACUUGUUUGAUCUGGAUACGGCCGACUUUGCCAGAUGGGAGGGGUGGAAGAAGGACAACUGAGACGGCGAACGAAAAAAUCUCUUAUACUUCGAGACACAUAUAUAUGUGCACGGAUAAGUCAUUUGUUCUUUUAUAAUUGGCCAAUCACUGUACGUGGUCUGCUGUUGGGCAAAAAGGGGCAAGGUAUGGGUUAGCAUCAAUUUUGCAUGGGGUAAUCGGGAUGGAUUGUUACUCUUGAUAGCAUGAAGAAGGC